AUGCUUUCAGAGGAAAAGUCUUCUUCUUCUUCUUCUUCUUCUUCUUCUUUUUCUUCAACAUUAAUUGUUCAUUUAUUUGUUGUUGGAUUUCAUCAUAAAAAAGGUCAUCAAAUCGAAUAUAGUUAUCCAUUAUUAAGUGAACCUCAUGAUGAUCAAUGGUCAAAUAUAGCAUCAUUAGCAUUACCAGAUGGAGCACAUAAUAGAGAUAAAGAUUUAAUUUAUUUUCAUAUUCCAUCAAAUACAAAACAAACAUUAUUUGGUAUUGCAGCAUAUAGACAAAUUGAUGCACAUAGUUUAAUAAAUAAAGAUGCUGAUGUAACAAGAAAUUCAAUUCAAAAAAGUGUUUGUCUUAUUUUACGUCAACCACUUUAUGGAAAUGUUAGUGAAGAACUUGAAUUAAUAACUGAAAAAUAUUUUGAAGGAAAAGAUUUUAAUAAAACUGAUCUUUUUCAAGAAUUUGUUGAUAAUAUUAAUAAAAAUCCUCCAGAAUUUGAUUUAAAAUAUUUUUCUGCACGUGAUCUCGUUAAACAAUAUCGACGAAAAACACUUAUUCUUUUUAAACUUAUUUUAUUACAAAAAAAAGUUUUAUUUAUGUUAUCACCUAUUGAAAAUUUAGUCAAAACAAUUCUUACUCUAGUCUCUUUAAUUCCAGAAUUAAUUUGUAAUGGUUUAAAUGAAUGUACAUUAAUUGGAGAAAAAUCUAAUAUUGAAACAUUAAUAAAUUUACAUGAAAAUGAAGAUAUUGUUUUUGAUCGAAAUGAUGAAAAACAACAAAUUGAUUUUGAUAAUAUUAAAUUAAAGACAAUAAAAAUUGAUGAAGAUGAUAUCUCAACAACAUCAAAUGAUAUUCAACAAGAACAAGAACAAGAUACAACAAAAACAAAUAUUAUUAAACGUGCAACAUCAAUAACAAGUAAAUUAACAGAUACAUUUAAUCGUUUAACAACAACACCAACAACAGCAACAACAACAACAAAUACAUCAAAUAUUAUAUUAAAUUAUUCCGUUGAUUUAACUCAUUUAGAUCAAUUUCAUUUUCCAAUUCAAUUAUUUAAUCAAAAUAAUCUUCUUCAUCCAUAUUUAUCAUUAAAUAAUCUUGAUUUAUUAAAUAAUUCCAAUGUAAAUUCUUAUGUUAUUGGUGCAAGUAAUGGAUUAUUUCGUCAACAAAAUAAUAUUGAUAUUAUUAUUAAUGAUCAAGAUGAAGAUUUUCUAAUUCAAUCAACAUUAUUAAAAACUCAACUUCAAUUAACAACUGCUGAUUUAAGAUUUACACAAUUAUUUGAAGAUUCAGAUAAUGGUAUUAAAAGUGAAGAAGAAAUUCGUCGAUUAUUUUUAAAUUAUUUCUUAUCAUUAUUAGCUGUUGCUCAAACACCUAAUGAUGAAGCAAUGAAUGAUUUUAAUUCGACAUUUGUUCAAUCAUUUCAAAUGACAGAAGCGUUUCGUUUAUGGCAAUUAAAAGGACCUUAUCCACAUUUUGAUCAAAUUAUUCCAAGACAUCCACAAGCCGGACAACUUAACGUAACAGAUGUUAAAUUACGUGUUUCUCAUGUUCUUGAUGAUACUGAAACUGGAAGAAAAUUAAAAGGAGCAUUUGAAGAUACAUCACAAUUUAUGGGAGAAAAAUCUCGAGCUGCAACAAAAGUACUUGGACAAGCUAAAAAUUCACUUUUCUCUUCAGUCAUUGGAACAAUUAAUCAUGGGAAACAAUGGUUAGCAAAACCACCACAAUCUCCAUCAGAACAAGAAUAA